AUGGCCUCAUCACGCGCCUGGACAUUCACCAACCGCGGCACCCCCCGCUCCGUCCUCUCCCUCAUCUCCAGACCAACCCCAACCCUCCCACCAACAACCCAACUCCUCGCAAAAGCCAAACCCGUCCCCGGCGCCGCCGACGGCAACCAAUGGCUCCUCGUAAAAGUCGCACACGCGGCUCUGAAUCCGGGCGGACACCUCUACAUCACCAAGCUACCCGGCGCCGUGCGCGCCAAGACGGCGGUGCCGGAUUGGGACUUGAGCGGGACCGUAACGGAUGUGUGGAGCCCCGAAUCCGUUCCCGGGUCCGAUUCCAAUGUGGGUACGUCGUCGGCUCUCAACGCCGAACCAAGCACAACCGCAGCAGUCAAGAGCAGCACCUCCCGCUUCUUCUCACAGGGCGACCGCGUCGCAGCCUUCCUCCCCAUAUCCUACGCCUGGCCAACCGGCACCGGCGCCCUGGCAGAACACGUCCUCCUGCCCGCACGCUACGCCGUCCCCGUCCCCUCCCACGUCUCCCUCCGCGACGCGAGCUGCGUCAUGACGGCAGGCUGCACCGCCGCCGUGACCGUCCGCGCAACGAGCCUCAAGCGAGGCGACAGGGUCCUCGUCAACGGCGCCAGCGGCGGCAUCGGGUCUCUGGCCGUGCAGAUGGCGCGCGCCAUCGUCGGGCGGGAGGGCCACGUCGUCGGCGUCUGUUCGGGGCGGAACGCGGAGACGGUGUUGGGGCUCGGCGCUGACGAGGUCGUGGAUUAUACUGCGAGUCUUCCGGUGCCCGUCUCAAAAGUGUUGGGGGAGAAGUUUGGGGCUGAGGGGACAAGGUUCGAUGCUGUUGUUGAUUGUGUUGGUGUGCACGAUGUUUAUGUGCACUGCGCGGAGUAUCUGAAGCCCGAUGGCGUGUACUCUGCUGUGGGGAUCAAGCCGGCUGACCAGUCCGUCGGGGCUCUCGUCAAGGCGGGCUGGCAGAUGCAGAUGAAUGCGCUGUGGCCCCGUUCGACUUGGUUGGGCGGCACGGGGAGGCGGUGGGCUGCGACGGCCAUGAUGGAUCCUGGGAAGGCCUUGAUGGAGGAGGUUGUUGCUAUGCUGGCGGAUGGGAGGAUCAAGGCCGUCGUGGAGAGAGAGGUUGGAUUUGAGGAGGCUGUGGACGGGUAUGACAUUGUUGGUAGUGGGAGGGCACGCGGGAAGGUUGUUGUCAAUGUCGGUGGACAGUAA